AUGUUAGACUUGUAUUCAUCGUGUCGUUUAGAUGAUGUUCAAUCCAUCAACCUAAGUGUAAUAAAACUUUCUCGUCAUCAACAUAAUCACUCACUCCAAAGUCGACGUCAUUACCCAUCAUCGGCAAGGUCACGAGUAAGAAAUACUGUUCAUAUAACAAUUCGACCAAAAAACAACACUCAUGUCACAAAUUCCGAAGAUGUUGAUCAACAUCAUCAUCGAGAUGAAUCAAGGAGAAAAUCGAUCGACAAAAAUUUAGUCCAAAAUUCAGAAAAUACAAUACGUUGUGCCAGCAUCAAUAAAAGCCAUAGAGCUUAUCCUUUAGGGUCUCAAUCAAACCUGGACAUCUGGAAAAACGAUGUUUCAAAGAAAAACUCACAACUACGAAGUCAUUCUUCAGCAAGAACUGAAAGUGAUCGAGAACGCGGUCAUCAAACAAUCUUUAAGGCUACAACGGGUUCAUCAAAAUUAUCCAAGAGUACUGGUGAUAACUUCCAUAAUAUAAAAACGAUAGGUACUGGAUCAAAUCAAAGAGAUACUACGGAAGAUUAUCAUCAGAAUUCACAACGAAAGAAAAAGAAAAAAUGUUUGCUUUUCUGUAAAAUAGCAUCUGUGAUUGCUGCUCUAGUUCUUGGCAUAGGUAUUGCAAUUACACUUGCACUUUUGAUUAAACCAAAUGCGACAGAAACGACAAGUAUCCAUGGAAGUUUUUGGAAUACUACCGGCAUCACCUAUGCAGGAACUGGCAUACAAGGUUCCGCUUUGAAUCAAUUAUCUGCACCAGUCGGUAUAUUUAUAGAUUCAAAUGAUAUUUUAUAUAUAAAUGACCUUGGCAAUUAUCGCUGUCUGAAAUAUUUGCCUGGUGCUAGUAGUGGUAUUCUUGUAGCUGGAUUAGGCGGACUUGGGUCUGCAUUGAAUCAACUUGGUUCAUCAAUACGUUUUAAUUAUGUCGAUUCAAAUCAAAAUAUUUAUAUUAGUGAUGGAAGCAAUAAUCGUGUUAUGUUUUGGACAAAUAGUGCGACUACCGGGAUAAAAGUAGCGGGCGAUGGUACUUCUGGAACAGCACUAAAUCAUACAGCAACCCCAUUUGGUGUAUGGGUGGAUUCUAGUUCAAACGUAUUUGUUUCGGAAUCUGGCAAUCAUCGUGUAACAAGAUGGAGUCCAGGUGCAACAGUAGGAGUUGUUGUCGCUGGUGGAAAUGGGCAAGGUACAACACCAGAUAAAUUAUCGGGACCAUAUGGUAUAUUUUAUGAUGAAACAAACCAAAAUUUAUAUAUUGUUAAUGUGUUUUCACAUAUAGUAGUGAAAUGGCGUGUUGGGGCCGCAAAUGGCACCGUUUUGGCUGGUGUUCCUGGAAGCUCGGGAUCAUCAUCUACUUAUUUAAAAACUCCAGUGGAUUUAACGUUAGAUCAAUGGAAUAAUAUAUAUGUUCUCGAUCGUGGAAAUUCGAGAAUUCAACUUUUUUGCGAUGGCAAUUCAACAGGUAUUACCAUUGCUGGAAAUGGUACUAGUGGUAGCAGUCUGACCAAUCCUUGGAGCGUGAAAUUAGAUUCACAAUUAAAUUUAUAUGUCUCUGACAGUGGCACUGGACGUAUUAUUAAAUUUUCUAAAUUAUAA